GAUGUCGCUGUGUCGAACAAAUGCCGAUCGCCGAGGCAUCGCGACUCCCAAGAAGGGUGUAGAAAAUAGAAAGAAACAGGUUUAUUUUAAGUAAAUUAAAGAGAAGUUGAAAGGAAUGCGGUGUGUUAGUGCCCCAAAUUCGCGUCGAAGACCGUGAGGCAUGUCAAGUGUGGCGUGUGAUUGUGUGUUACCGAAAUUAUGUGUCGUUUACUCGUUUGAAAUAAUUGCUCUUGUUUGUUGCAAGUGUCAUCAACAAAACACCGAUUACAGCACUCGAUUCUGCUAAAAAAAUGAUUGAGCGCCACAAGCCGGGCCCCACAUAGCCUCCAGGAUGACGUCUCGGCCCGGCUCGGGCUCGAAAACGUCAACGGGGCACCGGAGGGCCGAAUCCGGGGGCGGCCACCACCGGCACAGUUCGUCCGGGUCCGGCCACCACCGCUCCGAUUCGGGCCAAAGCUUCGAUUCCGAUUAUCCCCGAGAACGCAAACACGGCCAUCAUCGCUCAAAGUCGGGUGUUAACGAACGCGAACGACUAGACUCGAACGGAUCGCAACUGUCGAACAAACUCGAAUUUCGCUCAGCUCAAGGCUUGCACGAUGGCCACUACCCGCGCCCCACGUCACUUUUCCCACCCAAAUCCGACGCUUUAGGCCCUGACGCCCUCCAACCCGAACGGGAGCCGAUCAGAUUCGACGUGAAUUUGGUGGGGGCUCCCCCGGAAGUGGAGCAGUUGGUUAAUAAUAUUAAGCAAGUCGCCGAACAGUUUCUAUACCAUUGGAAGACUUUCCCGAUAAUCCUUCCAAGUCCAGUCUCACAAUGUGAUUCAUUUCCGACUUCAAAUGUUUCGUCUGAUGGGAGUUUGGGGAGGUGUAAGACGAGGUAUCACCUACGUGAUUUGUUCGUAGCGCCAUCUUUUGAUGAACUUGAUGCUGUGGCGGUCGAUGGCAAAGGUGAGCCGAGAAGGUUGACCGGAAAACAAUUGGAGUAUAUAAGGGAGAGAGGCUUGCACAAGGAUAAGUUCGGAAAGCCAAAACGUCUAAACCUGCAACAACUUGAAUCAAUUAGGCGCCAGGGCGAGUUUGAAGUAGAGUCUUUGAAUUUUCCCGGCCAACAACACCGCUGGAAACUGUCCCAGCUCCUGCAGAAAGGCACCGAGAAAAGCCGCGAUUCCCUCCUCAAUGAUCUCGCGCUAGCGCUGCGAUUUAUUUUUAUAACGGCGAAAGGACGCCUCGUCUCGCAUUUCUUCAGCGUUUCGGAAGCGAUCAAGGCUCUCUUGGCCGGACUUUUGCGCAUUAUCGACCUCGUCUUCGGCAUUCCAAGUUUGCAAGCUCACAAUUUAGAUGCCAAAAUUAGGGAGGAGAGGACCAAGUAUCUAGUCGCCGAACUGGUGUGCCGGCCCGAAAAUGAGGAAUCUCUGGAACACCUGUGUUCCUACAUCCGUAAGCAGCUGCGUCGGGCCGCCACCGAAAAAUUCGAAGUGACAAAGGAGUGUUCGCAGCCGCCUGUCGCUGUUCCCUACCGAUUUUUGACUCCCUCGGGAUCUGAGCUGGACUUGAGGCUCUGGGAGAGGAGUCUGAUGAGGCGUGCCUUGCCCACGUUGGUUGCUAUUUUGGAAAGGGAGACGCGAGGCUGGUUUUUACAUUUUAGAGAAAGACUGAUUGCUGAGUUGCGAGCUCAAAAAAUGCCCGAUGAAGAUAUAGAAAGGGAAGUGAACGAUGCUGUUAUGAAGGAAUAUUUGCAGAGGGUUUAUAACAGCAUUUUGUCGCAUCCCGAUAUUUUAAGUUUAGGCGAAGGGAUUGCUCAACUUUUAGUACAACAGGCCCAAAGCGUUGUUUUAAUGCACAGGGCCGUCGAGAACGUUCAACACCGUCUUUCAAAAUCUCAGGAAGAAAUCAAAACCCGCCUCUGCACCAGCCACCCUGUCCUCUCCCGCAUCGAGCCUUGGCUGCGUUCGCGCCUCCGUUCCGCCGAACUGAAAUUCAGUCAAGAGAACCAAUGGAGCGCCCACGAGGAAGCCCUCACUUUAUGCAACGCGAAACGCCUCCACCAGACGGUUUACUUCCUCAACCGUGACCUCGCAUUCAUGAGAGAAAGAGAACCUGCCCUUUUACGCGAACUGCGCAAAGUCAAAACCCCGACACGUUCGUUCCUCUGGCCGACCCAAAUCUGGCUCCCGACCAAUUGGAUUGUGCGAAGAAACUUCCAAGGCCAAUCAGAAGUCGUCCCGACUGUCCUCAGCAAACAAGCGACUAGCAUCACGACGCCUAGGUCCGACCCCAGCCAACCCGUCUUCCUGGUGGAGAAGGAGAUCGUCCGGACGACCACCACCAGGUGGCCGCUCUGGCGCAUUUUCAAUUACUUCCACCGGACGUGGUGUUGGACUUGGAACGCGAUGUUUUUCUUCGGGAUCGUGUUGCCGUGGUGUAGUCCUGUGGGACUCCGGGCGCUUUUCAGUCUCGAGCCCUUUAUGCCCGACCUGGAGCUGUCCCAAGUCAAUGGGACGCUCUUCCCGCGUAAAAGCAGUCUCACGGAGACGUUGUGCUCGCGUCUGAUUAGCCUCUGGAGGCACAUUUCCAAGUCCAGGACGCACUUUGAGACUAAACCUGAUACGGGGUUCAUUGGGAAAGGCUUCACGCGGCAUUUGAACCGAAUUUGGAACUAUUUUUUCAAGGGAUUGUUCGGGACGAUUGUCCUAGUUGUGAUUUUUCCCGUGGUGUGUGUCGCUGUGAUCGCAGCGAGUGUUUUUAUUGCCUUGACGGCGGUGGUGUGGAUGCCUGUUUUUACAUUGGCGGUGCAAAUAAUCAAUGCGUUGAUUUAUGAUCUGGACUGUCCGGAACAGAAGAGGAACCGAUUUUUCGUACUGUUGGAAGCACUGGUUUGGAAGAUUGGGCUUCAAGGGUGCGUGCAACCGAUUGUUGCACUUUUUGUGGCCGCGGUUGUGUGCCCCAUUAUUGCGUUGGUGAUUUUGACAGGUGGCAUUGCUCGCUACUGGCUGCGCCUCUUCUGGGACACGACCCUCUUCCACUUAAUAAUCAAAAAACGUGGCCGUAUCCCAGCCAGUGACAGUUUCGUUGUGAAACGCAUCGCAGGACCGGGCCUAGCCUCCGACUACUACUUCCAAAUCAGUCCAGAGCAGGCCCUUGCCGCUUUCGAGGCCAAAAUGGAAUGGGACGAACUGUCCGCAUACCAAACCGUCGUCGAAAACACAAUCACACAACCACAGCGUGACUUUAGCCACUUUAUCGAAGCGUGUUUCGGUGGCUUUUCGGCACAGUUGGCCAAAAACGGCCCUUAUAAAAAUCUCGAAAAGGAAGCCCAAGACCUGAUGACGGUCCUGCACGAGAAACUCGAACGGAGACGACGUGACUUACAAACCGGUCUCAGUGUCACCGUUAAAAGUAAAAUUAAAUUGGAGACGUCCGAAUUGAAAAUUGCUAUUCAACAAGGGGCGCUGAUGCUUGAGAGGUUUUAUCCAACGCAUAUUUUACCGAAAUUGGGGUGCAGUGAGGACCAGUUUUGGGAUAAUCGGGCUUUGAGUCCCGGGGAUUGGGCGGGAUUGGCUGGUUUGUUGUAUUCGGAACUUUUCAGUUUGGAUAUUUUAACGCCGUUGGAUCAUACGGAUACGAGUUUUCGGCUGGAUCCGCAUCCGCAAGCUGAUUUGUCUAGGUAUACGGAGAUGGUGCAGUGUGCACAGUUGGGGGCUCGGGGGCCCGAUCUGUUGGGGAAUGUUUACACGCCAAGGGGGAAUAUUCAAGUGCAUUCCCCCUAUUUGGAAGUGUCGGCGUUUAAUCCCAGAUCUAAGCUCGCCACGACGGUGAAAAAGUGCGAGAAGAAGACGGAGUCGUUGACGAUGUUGGGUUCGAUCAAGAGUGGCACAGUUUGGACGCCUUGGAAGAAGCACUCACGGCCGUUUUCGCCCGAUAAAAUGGUCAUUCCUUUGCCCGUUCCGCACCCCGCACACAUUGCCGUUACGAUUUUUAACCGCGAUUCAGACGAUCCCAUUCCCUUGGAAUCCGACAUUUGUCAGAGUAUUUUACGCGGUAUUGAAGAGAGUCACAUUUCGCUUGAGGAGUCAUCCGGUGGUAUAAAUAGGUAUAAAGGCGGGGGCGACUCGUUUGAGACAAGCUCGAGUUCGGAAACGCUCGACAGCCCCCAUAACGGUCUCCAAUCGAACCGCAAUUCCAGCGACGGUGUCUACCAGUGGACGUUAAACAACUGGGGUCAGCGCAAACGUAAUAAUUCAGGUAGUGUUAAGGUCGACUUGGCCAGUCCCGAGGACGUUACUUUAGACAGUGACAGUACUCGGGUGGUUUUCAGUACGUACGGUACGACCGUUUGAGUCAUUUCCUUGUGAUUUUCCAAUUUGAUUGGUUAAUUUUUAAGUUUCCGUGUGAUAUUUUAGUUACGAUAACAAGCAUCACUGUGGCAUUUUUCAUAUCAAUAAUAAUCGAGUGUAGUACAAGGGCGUAAAAGUAUAAUGGUUUCGUUGAGAAUUAUGAAUAAAUGCAGGAAUUUAAAUCUAGGAUAAGGGCAAAUAUUUAGCUAGUAAUGCACGUAGUUAUUAAAUUUUUUAUUUGAGAAAUUGUCCAUUGCACUAGAAUUUGUAUAGUCGGAUCGAUUUAGAGGCAAAUUAGGGGUUCGAAACAACAGCAUAGCAAUAAUUUGCUGAUAAUUAAAUGUUUUCGUUGAGUUACUACAUACUUGUCCAUAUUUCACAAAUGGUAGCUUAUGACGUUCAAACGAAUUUUCCACUUAGCAUUAGAGCGGACCGUUUUAACUACUCGACAUUGUUUUUUAUUACUAUUGUUUGACCUUUUAUUUAUCGUGUACCUGUCAAUUACACAAAUACUCUCUGUACUCGAUAUUAUUUUCGUGACGUUUUUCUAUGUGUAUAAAUUUGUAUUUUUUUCCAUGUCUAAUUGUACAAUUUUUAUUGCUUGUUGCUUGUGUUAAUUGUAUUAUAUUUAUAAAGCUGACAUUUUGCUACGUUUUGUGUUUACUCAGAAAUAUAAAGCUUUAAGACUG